AUGAAAGGGUCUGUACUGAUAGCCUUUGUGUGCGCUGUGGCGCCCUUGCUGGUCAAGGGCGAGAUGACCAUCCAGAGACGUCAGGACAAGACCAAUUCGGAUCCUGAUGGUACGAUGGACGAUGCUUCUACCGUGGAUACGUCCACGCUGUGCUCCUCGCGACCUACGCCGUCUGUUGAGGUCGUCAUCAUUCCGGUGGACAAGCCCAUCAUCGUCGCUGCUGGUCAGACGUUCGACGGUGGCUACAAGAUCUACAAGUACGGCGACGAACAUUGCGACGUCAAUCGCGAAGUCAAGGGCGACUACCAGGCACCGUUCGUUCUUGAGGAUGGCGCUAGCUUGACGAGAGCUUUCUUAUGGCGUAGUCAAGAAAGUGUGCACUUGCUCGGCAGUGCUACAAUCACCGACGUUCACUGGAUGUCGGUAUGCGACGAAGCCAUCGCAGUUUUGCGCCCUGGCAAGGUCGUCGUGAGCGGUUGCACUUUCAGCAAUGGUCCCAAUAAGGCUCUCCAGCUCGAUGGCAGCGGCGUGAUCGUGUCGCUUAGCAACUCGUGCCUCAGCAACAUCGAUAUCGGUGCGGCCUCUUGCGGAAACUGUGUCGUCCAAGGUCCUCGUACGAUGACGAUGGACAACAUCGAAAGCCACGGCGUGCGCCAGAUCUCUGCAUGCAAUACCAACUAUGGCGACAGCUUUUCAAUCUCGAAGCUUGCUGGCGAUGCACGAUCUGUCUGCGAUACUUUCCAUGGCAAUGACAACCAGGCGGAACCCUUCAAGGCGACUGUGAACGAGCAGACGGGCUGCUGCAAGGCUGUGGCCGCUCUGCAACCCCUGUCUUCGAUCCGACCAGCAGCAGGUCAGACUAACGGCGGUGGCGGAGCUGGACCGAACAAUCGCAACGGCGGCUGGAACUCGGCUUCAAAGGCACCUGUUCAAGCACCAGCACCGUCGAGUGGCAACUCAAAGGGUAAAGCACCUAACCCGCCCGCACAGCAUACCGGAUCAGGCGAACCGCCCUUGAAGACCGGACCGGGAGUCAGCCUGAAGGCCAACCAGCUGCGCAAAGAGAAGGAAGAGCGACGCAAGAAGCUGAUCUGGGAAGUUGAGCACCACCGAAACUUCAGACACCAUCAUCACCAUCAUCAUGGCCGAGCAUGA